AUGGAUUACGAGAGUGUUGAGUUGGACUUUCUAGAGGCAGCAUAUCACAGAUUUGACGGUGUUGGAAUUUCUCCACGAAAAGAUAUGGGUAGGGAUGCAAAGAAGCGUGAUCGAGCCCAAUUCGCGUCAUCACUCGCCACCCCUGCACAAACCGGCUCCGUACUGCCUAUACAGUUGCUUCACUUGGAUACGCUGCUGAGAAAACCUAGUUGA